AACCGACUGGUCCACGGGACGUUGACAGAAUAAAAUCUACUACUUUUGAAACAUUUCUGUCGACCGUUUUCUUUUGGUAGUUUGGUUUUUACGUCGGUCAUAGCCAUCUUCAUCGCCUACAUAUAAUCUCCGGUAUUUGGCACCGGUGAUUGUUUUCUCUCUACCCCGCGGUACGGGUGCGUUAUUACCGAAAUGAAGGCUACUACUCCCGUCCGCCCACAGAAGGAUACCUCAAGCAGCAGCGGCAACGAGCUUUCUUUACACUACCUCUCGGAUCACAGCCUGAGCAUCGCCCGGUCUAGGUUGCAGGAAGAAGAGCAGCUGUGUCUGCAGGACGAUAUGAACCAGUGUUACAGUCGCCUCAAGCGCCUCGUACCCACCAUACCGCAGGAUAAGAAAGUCAGCAAAGUGGAGAUCCUUCAGCACGUCAUAGAUUACAUCUUGGACCUGCAGCUCGCGCUGGAGACGCACCCUUCUCUCCUGAAACAACAGACGGGGACCAUGACGGGGACGUGCCCGCCGUCCCCAGCCUCUAACCGGACACCACUAACGGUUCUCAACACAGACCACCAGAGGAUGUCAACAGGCAAAAAGGACGACUCAGUUUUGUGUCGCUGAGAAAUGGCCAAUGGUGUGCAGAGCAGAGCUGAGAGCAGAGCUGAGAGCAGAGCUGCCUCCAGUCCACAGCCAGCACAGCCUCCAGCCAGGGAAUCUCAGCCACACGAAGCUUUAUCACACAGGGGACCCCCCCCCCCCGCGCUGGAGAACCUACGACUGGCAAAUUAAAAACCUAUUUAUAACACGUUUAUUAGAAACAAACUAAAGCCUGCUACGUUCAACUGACCCAUUACUUAACUGUAUAUGUCAAAU